AUGUCCUUGAGGAACAAGAAGGUGGCAGUAGUCACUUCCCUCCUUCACGGUACACCUCAGCCAAGGGCCCUUCAGAUUGUCGAUUUUAAGCUCGAGUUUGGCCAUCAUCAAGGCAGGACAAGUUCUGUCUGGCAUGGAGGUACAGCUACCAUUGUUCAGAGCCCUGGAGACGAAGUGUGGGGAAUAGUGUGGAAAAUGAACACUAGCGAUUUAAGUUCACUGGAUAAGCAAGAGGGCGUUGAAGAUGGCAUUUAUGUCCCUAUAGAAGUUAAUGUCCACACCCAAGCAGGAAAGGUACUGACCUGUCGAAGCUACCAGAUGAAGGACUAUGUCUGUGGUCCCCCUUCCCCUCAGUAUAAAAAGGUUAUCUGCAUGGGUGCAGAACAGAAUGGCUUGCCAACUGACUAUCAGAAGAAAUUAGAAGCUAUUGAAACUAAUAACUAUGCAGGACCAGUGCCAGUCAUGGAAGAGAUUGAAGCUGCUAUUAAGCAAAGAAAAUAAAUCUGCAUAGAAUACCUCCACAUUUGCUUGGCCAUUCACCUUGAUUUAGAUAUCUCUCCUCAUCACACUGAUCAGCAGUUUCUUUAUUUAUCAGGAAAAGAUGAGUUUGCUGUGCAUUCACAGUAAGCCAUUAGACAUAAUUUGCAGUCUGAAGACACGCUGACAUUGCUAACUUCCUCACUUCAUAUGUAUAGCUUGAGUACAUGCUGAAAUUUUCGCAGAUUUGGAAAUUAUCUUUCUGUAAUGGUCAUGCAGUGCUGCACGCAAAUUUGUUCUUCAUGUCCUCUUUACAGACCUUUUUAAAAGAAACAGGCC